UGUGCUGAUUGUCUUUUGUAUCAGCUAAGCUGGCAAAAUGAGUGGACGGGGGAAAGGAGGAAAGGGACUUGGAAAAGGAGGCGCUAAGCGUCACCGUAAAGUUCUCCGUGAUAAUAUCCAAGGCAUUACCAAGCCGGCCAUCCGCCGGCUUGCCCGCCGCGGCGGUGUGAAGCGUAUAUCCGGCCUGAUUUACGAGGAGACCCGCGGUGUGCUUAAAGUGUUCCUGGAGAACGUGAUCCGUGACGCAGUCACCUACACCGAGCAUGCCAAGAGAAAGACCGUGACUGCAAUGGAUGUGGUGUAUGCCCUGAAGAGGCAGGGCCGCACGCUGUACGGUUUCGGAGGUUAACUCUGUUAUAUCGACUCCCAACACAACGGCUCUUUUAAGAGCCACACAACUCAUCCUAAGAAAUAAGUGUUCGAACUUUACAGUUUCAGGCAUGGUUACAUAGAAUUCUGCACACAUGUUAGAAUAUUUUAAUGUUCAACUCUUGAAUGCAAUGUGAUUAUACAUAAGGAGUACAGGCAUCUUAAUGAAACAGCCGGUUAUGGUUGAAGGUAAGUCGUCGGGCUGGGGCUGGCUUCGUGCCCCAAACCAAGAUGGCGGUGGCGCUGAUGUGAGCAGCCACGUUAACUUAUUUCAUCUAGAUUUCCCGGAAACAGUCACUUUAACUUUCGGAAAGGUGGAUACUAUCUUGCCUCUUUCUCACUGAAACUCCCUUUCUCUGUAAAACCUAACAUUCUGCUGGUUAGUUGUCUUAUAACAUAACUUUUUAUUUAAUAAACAAAAUGGAGGAUGCCUAAUCCGGUGGCUCAACAGAGCUGCGCUGUGUUUGUGCUUGGCAGAAUGAACAUUUUCUAUUCGGAGUGAUACCAGAAGAACAAAAAAUAGUUAUAAUUAUGUAGUUAUAUAGUAUGAUAUAGUUCUUACUAGAAUGACACACUUUACUACAUAAUUUUGAUGUGUCUAAGCCUCCUACCACAAAGGAGUGUUUUACUGUGAAAAUUAUACCCUCCAGCAUCUGAAGCAACCAGUUUGGGUUUAAUUAAACAAAAACUACUCAUGUUUAUAAUUUAACAUUACAAAAUGUAUUUAGUGUGAAGUUAUUUACAGCACUAUGCAAUUGUAAUGAUGUUCUU